GUAGGGGGCGGGGCUUCAGGGGCCACGGUGCGCACUGUAAGUUCACAGCCCUAGUCGGUCCCAUCGCCGUGCGGUCCAGCUCCGGAGAUUUUGCCGCCCACCCGUCCGCCGCCUGCGCGCCUCCAGGGCGCUCCCAAGAGAAGAAGACCCCGCGGACUAUCCGCACCUGGUGCAGUCGGCUGAACACCUGCUGCGAGUCUGGCUCUGUGCCAGGCCUGGGCGGGCAAGACAGGUUGCAAAAUCACCAUCCUCCACCAGCUUUGAGACCCCCAGACAAUUCGGCACCAGUCAUGCCCUGGGCUCAGUUGAGUGCAAGAGGGAUGAGCAUCCAUGCGACCGUGAUGAGCGGAGCUGGGGACGCAGGGCGAGAGACCAGGGCCAGGGCCUUGCGUGUGACUUCAGCCCUGUCACCCAGGUCCUCCACCUGCAGAGGGAGGGCUUGACGCUGGUGAUCCAGGCCUUGCGCGCACUCCUCGGCCCUGAACCCCGAGAGCAUCGCGGCCUCCAAGCUCUGUACCUUCCUGCUCCCAGUUUUCAGAAGAGUUUUCAACCCUUUGGGGAGGCAGGGAUUUUUGCUGUCUUUAUCCUUGGACUUCAUCGAUUGUUGAUCUUUCUUUCCCGAAUUCCCCGGGGUCACCUUUGGUUACACCCCACACGCUAGUCUUGGCCCUUUGGCGAGUGUUGCGGGGUCUGGAGCCCUCCCUCGGGGUUUCUGGUUGAGGGUGGUGAGAACGGACGGUUCCAGCCUUGGCAGCCAGGCCUGGGUGCCGAGGUCGCAAUGUCCACCAAGGUGCCCAUCUAUCUGAAGCGCGGCAGCCGCAAGGGCAAGAAGGAGAAGCUGCGGGACCUGCUGUCUUCCGACAUGAUCAGCCCGCCGCUGGGGGACUUCCGCCACACCAUCCACAUCGGCAGCGGCGGCGGCAGCGACAUGUUUGGUGACAUCUCCUUCCUGCAGGGCAAGUUCCACCUCCUGCCGGGGACGGCCAUCGAGGAAGGCGAGGAGGAUGGCAGCUUCGAGCUGCCCUUCCAGUUCACGCGCACGGCCACGCUGAGCGGGCGCGAGCUCCCCGAUGGGCCGUCCCCUCUGCUCAAGAACGCCAUCUCCCUCCCGGUCAUCGGCGGGCCCCAGGCCCUCACCCUGCCCACCGCCCAGGCCCCACCCAAACCCCCGCGCCUGCACCUGGAGACCCCUCAGCCUUCCCCACAGCCCUCCCCGCAGGAGGCAGGGUGUGUGGACAUCUGGAGGAUUCCGGAGGCUGGCUCCGCCCACAGUGGGCUGACCCCCGAGUCAGGGGCCGAGGAGCCCUUCCUGUCCCAUGCCAGCUCCCUCCUCUCUCUGCACGUGGACCUGGGGCCUUCCAUCCUGGACGACGUCCUCCAGAUCAUGGACCAGGACCUGGGCCACCUGCAGAUCCCCACAUAGGACCCGAUGCUGGCCAAGCUGGGUGCCCAGGCUGGGCUGAACGCCAGAGGCAGGGGGUGGACACUGCCCUGGCCUAGAAGUCGGGGUCCCAAGGUCCCACCUGUGUGGUUGCUGGCCAGUGAUGUCUCACUUUGAGCCUUUAUUUCUCUCCCUCCCACCUUCUCCCCGUGGGCAGAGAGGCCUCAUUGCUGUCCCCUAGGCCCCACGAGGACAUGUGCAAAAGUCAGCCCAAAGUGCCUCUUCAUCCUGGGCCCCCAGCACCCCCACUGCCAGCUGCUCCUCAGAGCCCUUGGACGAAGACUCUGCUGAGGCAGACUCUGCUUUUGGCCUCCCUCUGCCUCAGCCCUUGCCGGGGGGUGGGGGCAGCACAGCCAGACGGACUUCCAGCUCCGUGCUGAGGACUGAGAACAUGACACCAGCGACCGAGGUCCCUCUGCCCCACCCUCCCCCAUGACCAGGGCAUUCUGGGGGCAAUAAAACUUGCUGCUGCUGGUA